GUAUAAGCGUUCUUCUUCGCCUCCAGCAGAGACCCAAGAGGGCUUCGAAUUCGCACUUAAAAUUCCUCUUGGAUGACAUCCCUAAGUUACUGCACCAUCUCAGCCUGUUCUUGAAUUAAUAUCUUACACUUCUGGUCGUAUUUCUACGACGGUGAUCCUAAAAUUUGGAAGAAAAAGGAAAUUCUUCGAAAGCAUCCAGGAGGGAACGACCUUUUCAAAAUGGCGGAUGAGUCUAGUGAGCCAUUACCUCAGUCACAAGGUCAUUCUGUGGCCAAUAGUUCAGAUGAUGAGGUAGACAUUCAUGUUUGUGGAAGAUGCAAGGAAUCCUUCACAGAUUUAACAGCUUACAUCGAGCACAAGAAAUCCAAACUCUGCCAAAAAUCAAGAGAAAAAAGCCAUCCUGUCAUACCUAUCAACCUCCCCCAUGACCAUGCAUCACAGCAUGUGGAGGUUCAGCUUUCGUCGCCCCAGGGGGAGACAGUGGGUAGCGACACCAAUGAGAGACUUGAAAGAAAGACUCUUAUCAUAACAGAUGAUACUGAAGGAAAUAAGUGUACAAAUAAAGUAGUUGUGGAGUUACUUGAUCCUGUUGAUGUUCAUAUGGUAACGGGUCAAGAAGAUAAUACCCAGACAGAACAAGUUGAGUUACGGCAGGAACAAAUCACAGUGGCAACACCAAAAAAGAGGCACAAACGAAAAAAUUCCACCCCAAAAACAACCCGAAAAUCCAAAUCAACACCCCCACCAGGAGAGACAACACAAAGCAACGAAGAAGAAGAUUGUACCGUGACCGUUCACAUCCCUGAAUCCCAACUUGUGCACCUUGGUGGAGAAGGUAGUGGCAACGAGGCUAUCAUGACCAAAGGCGCGCGCAAACAAGAAGCAACUAGUGUUUUUGUGCCAAUAUAUUUAACCAAUUCAAAGAGGAUAUACAAAUGUAAUAAGUGUCCUGCAGAAUUUCGCACGAAGGAGGAGCGAGGAGAACAUACUGGAAUGCACAAGAAACAUUUUAAGUGCAGUGAUUGUAGCAAGAGGUAUUAUACUCCCGAAUCGCUCGAAAACCACAGGGCGACCGAGACGCACGUGCACACGUGUGAUCAGUGCAACAAGGUAUUCCAUUCACAGAUCUACCUUAGAAGACACAAAGCAAUCCAUAUAGUGGAAAGAAACUUUAGCUGUGAUGUUUGCAGUAAGGCGUUUACUUCCGUUGCCAACUGUCGAGCGCAUAAGAGGUCGGUACACGCGGUUGUCAAGAAGCAUGUGUGUGAAGAGUGUGGUAAGGCCUUCUCGCGAAAAGAUAAACUCAAACGGCACCAGUUAAUCCACAUUCCAUAUGCAAACCGUCCGGUUUUCCCUUGUCCAUUCCGUAGUCACACUGGCUGUACCAGCACAUUCUAUAGAGAAGACAAAUUAAAACGUCAUCUUUUUACACAUUCCAAAGAAAAGCCAUACAAGUGCGAGAAAUGCGAGAAAGGAUUCGCGAGACGCGACAACCUUAACGAUCACAUAAAAACUCACACGAAAGAAUUCAGCUACAUCUGCCCUACCUGUGAACGUGGAUUCUUAGGACCGGCGAAGCUGAAAAAACAUUUGCGAACAGUCCAUCCCGAAAUUGAAUACGACAUGGAUGCGAUAUGUCAGAAGACAACCGACAUGCCGACGAUGGCGACUAUGGCGACAAUGACAGUGGACACACAGACAGAAGAACCUACCUCACAGGAAAAGGCUUUGAUCAACGAAACCCAAAUCACUGUAGGUCUCGCAGUCGUCAACGAAGCCAUUAGUGCUGGCACUCAUUUUGAAUCACCAACUCGAGAGGAUAUCACGUCUGACGAAGACGUCGAAGAGAGCGAGCCGUGUGCGAGUGAAACGAUUCAAUCCGAAGCAGAGCAAUUGAUUCGUGCCCCGGCACAUUCUUUGCCCCCAGCCCCGCCUUUGAUCCACCACCAAAGUUUAUCUACGCAUACGGCCCAGCUCAUUCCCUCGGGUAGUGUCUUUAUCCCGCGGGUUAAUUUAGAACCCGGGACUUAUAAUAGGGAUAUGGUUACGAUACCAAACGAGCUUCUUUCUAUGGUCCAUGGGUUGAAUACUUAGGGUGUCGACAAGCGAGCUUCUUUCUAUGGUCCUUGGGUUGAAUACUUAGGGUGUUGACAAACGAGCUACUUUCUAUGGUCCAUGGGUUGAAUACUUAGGGUGUCGACAAGCGAGCUACUUUCUAUGGUCCAUGGGUUGAAUACUUAGGGUGUCGACAAACGCAGGGAUGAGUUCAGCCGUCGGGAGGGGAAAAUUAUUUUACUCGUUGCAGUCAUAUCAAAUAUGUCGGCUUUAAUUCUGAUAGACCAGUUUGCAUGCUUAAAGGCCAUUCGUGGAAACAUCAUAUUUGAGCGAUAUUUUUGGGGGGAGGGAGAUUUUUUAACAAGAGCGCAUUCAUUGCUGAAUUAAGGGUCGAAAAGCUCUCCAAUGUUACUUCCCUAAAUUUAGUCGCACAAAUUGAACAGAAUUUAUUAAGUUCAUUUACAGUCUUCCAGUGAAUUUCGGGACAGAUUAGCGAAACGUUGUGUAAGAGAGUGGAUUGCCUCGUCACCGCAAACCAUGUUCAAGUAAACCUCGCAUGUUUGUUUUUCAGCCGAAUCAAAGGGAAAAGUUUAUGAAACUCAACGCGCAUGGCAUUGUGGUGUCCAAAACGUCAGCGGCAUAUUUGCGAGGUGUAUUGGUUACCAAUCUUUCUCGAAUUUUAGAAAGUAUUCGAUCGCGGUCUUAACAAGAAUGCAAAAAUCUAAAUAUUAUGGGAGAGAAUUCUGAUGAAAAAAGUUAAAAAUGUAAUACUAUAGGAUCAAGAACUAGAUCAUUUCAAUCAACAAUUUGUAUAAUUUAGGUGAUUGUAGAUAGAGAAUUUUUAAAAUGGUAAUUUUGGGGCAAAUAUUCAUAAGUUGGGCCCCGUUCAUACGCAGCCGGACAUUUUAGAAAACGGAGUUUUUCAGUUCUCUUUAGAUUGCGGCCUUGAAAAAGCAACUUUUUGAUAACGGUACGUGUGGAAGAGAAUUUUUUGGAAAACCAAAUAAAAAAUCCGUUUUCUAAAAUACUCUGAUACUCAUGGACAGGACCUUGAUGUCUGGAAAAACAUGUUUCUGUGAGAAAUAGUUGAAUCGAGCGGUCUCACGGAGGUUAAACAUCAUAGCUUCCAGGUUAUGUUUGGUGUAGCAUUGUUUUCAUUGGUUCGUAGAAGUACUCGUAUUUACAGCUCUGAAAGGAAUCUUGUGAUCGAAAAGCCUCGAGCUAGCAUGCGAAAUGAGGCAGUUUGCACCAUCACGUGAUGGCAGCCAUGACAGGAGGCACAACAACAGUCUUUUUCCCCUGGGAAACUAAAUUCUUUCUCGUGUGAAUCGGAUUAGACCAGAUUCAAUAGCCCACUUCGGUGAUAUACUUCGCUUGUCACGCACACUGGUUUCAUUCAAUUUGUUCUUUUCUCUUGUCACGAAUCACUGAGCAUUAUGCACGAAACCUCGCAUUGAAUCCUUUGUGCGUGACAAGCGAAGCAUAACUCUGAAGUAGGCUAUUGCUCCUGCCUCCUGUCAUGGCUGCCAUCACGAGAUGGUACCAAUCUCUAUAUAGCGACAGGGAUAGCUACUCGCCCUUAUUUCCCCAACGGCGAAAGGCAAGGCCAUUUCGCGAUAAAUAUUUACGAAUAAUACAUAGCCAUUUUUACUUAUUUUAUAUAUAUUGUGUAAAUAUAAAUAUACAAACUAUGAUAUAAUCAUUUAAUGCUUUAAACUUUUAAAAUAGUGAAAUUAAUAACUAGGUUUUAAAUUAAUAUUAUGCGUAUGCCAGUGUUCGUUAGAGAAUAUUACAUGUGACUGUAAGAAAGCCAUUUGUGUGGUACCGGGACGCUGCCUUAGUGACGUAUCAAUCCAGGGGGAACAAUGCUCAGGUCAAACUUCACUUGAGCCGAACCUAAUUGAAACAAUGGAUAACAAGGCGUCUUCUUUGAUGUCAUUAGGUUCGGCUCAUGUGAGGUUCGACAUUUUCUAAUGUCUAUAUCUUUAAAGUGUGCAAGAAAGAGAAACUCAUUUAUAGCAACUGAUAUAUAUAUAUAUAUUAAAUGUCUGUAAUUAGCCUGAAUAUAUUAACAAAGAAUUAUAGUCGUAGCCCGC